AUGACUAGACGAAAAAAGAAGGAUGAACAAGAGCAACAAGAAGAUAAAGAUAAAAGUUAUUUAUUCAAGAAUAAUGAAAAUAUUACUAUAGAGCAAGAAGUACAGUACCUGAAGGAGCUAUUAGAAACAAAGAAUGAAAUAAGUUUAGAUAAAGAGAGGUAUAUCAAUCAAUUAGCUAAUGAGAACAGACAUUUACAGGAGGAUUAUGAAUUGACAAUUAGCAGUAUAGUGGAUAAAGAAACCAUAAUCACUUCUUUGGGGGAAAAAAUGAAAGAGUUCAAAAAAUGGAAGCUACUACCUCAUACACCCAUUGUAAUGAUGUAA